UAACAAGGAGGAGGGGCCAGGCCCUGGUAGCGGAAGCUGAUCUGGUAGCCUGUGAGUCCAGGUUGGUCUUGGCUGGACUGUCCUUUGGGGAGUGCCGCCGGGAUGGAGGGAGCCUCUGCAGAGCCCUUCCACAGGGUCACGCCCCUGCUGGAGAGCUGGGCGCUGUCUCAGGUAGCAGGCGUGCCCGUCUUCCUCAAAUGCGAGAAUGUGCAGAUAGCCGGCUCCUUUAAGAUCCGGGGCAUCGGGCAUUUCUGCCAGCAGAUGGCCAAGAGGGGAUGCAGACAUCUGGUGUGCUCCUCAGGGGGCAACGCGGGCAUUGCGGCGGCAUACUCGGCUCGGAAGCUGGGCAUCCCCGUCACCAUCGUGCUCCCAGAGAGCACCUCCAUGCAGGUGGUGAGGCGGCUCCAGGGGGAGGGGGCCGAGGUCCAGCUGACUGGGAAGGUCUGGGAUGAAGCCAACGUAAGGGCACAAGAACUGGCCACAAGGGACGGCUGGGUGAACGUCUCCCCGUUUGACCAUCCUCUGCUAUGGGAAGGCCAUGCCAGCCUAGUUCGGGAGCUGAAGGAGUCGCUGCGGACGCCUCCGGGUGCUGUGGUGCUGGCCGUGGGGGGCGGAGGGCUCCUGGUGGGUGUGGCUGCUGGCCUGUUGGAGGUGGGCUGGCAGCAGGUACCCAUCAUUGCCAUGGAGACCCACGGGGCGCACAGUUUCAAUGCAGCCUUGCAGGCAGGCAGGCUGGUCACUCUGCCAGACAUCACCAGCGUAGCCAGGAGCCUGGGAGCCAAGACCGUGGCUGCACGGGCCUUGGAGUGUGCAAAGGAAUGUGAGGUCCUCUCUGAGGUGGUAGAAGACCGGGAGGCUGUCAGCGCUGUGCAGAGGUUCCUGGAUGACGAGCGCAUGCUGGUGGAGCCUGCCUGCGGUGCCGCCCUGGCCGCUAUCUACUCAGACAUCCUGGGGAGGCUCCAGGCUGAGGGCCGCCUGAGCCCCGCCCUGGCUUCUGUGGUGGUCAUCGUGUGUGGUGGCAACAACAUCAGUAGCCAGCAGCUUCAGGAGCUGAAAACCCAGCUGGGCUGCCGCUGAAGAAAGAAUUCCAGGGACCCCAGAGGCUCCUGGACACCUCUGUGGUCACCCAAGGGGCUUCGUUUCCAGGGGGUCCUGUCCUCUUCCUCCAGGUAGCCCUCUUGGAUUGCUCUCAGUGGCUCCCUACAGUCCAGUGAAUAAACCUGCCUGAACCGAG